UAUUGUUUCCCACAGUAAAUAACAAUGAAGAAGCGUGGAAAUAACCGUGGAAAGCCCGGUUCCGGGGUGCUGGAGCUGCACCAGGUGAAGCGCGUGGAAGCGGCGGAUAAGAUGGUGGUGAUCAAGAAUCCCAAGUACCUGCCCAAUCUGCACAGUCUGGUGAUGCCGCAGAUCUGCUACGAGCACAGCAACCGCAUCGUGGCGGCCCGUCUCUCGAUGGAGAUCCAUCAGCACAAUCCCGCCGCCGCCCUCUUCUUCGAGGGCUGCGAGGCGCCCCACCUGACUGUCCCCCGCUCCCUGUUCCCGAGUCGAGCGCCGCUGGACAAGAUCAUCUUCAUGCCCAAGCUGCUGCUUCCCGUGGGCUUUGAAGCGGGCGGAGUUUUUGGACCUGGCGUGAUUCCACGACGCUUCUAUCCCACCGGACUGAUGCCGCCGAAUCACAAGGGACCCACGCCGCCACUCUUCGUGGGGCUGCGCUCCGUGGACUUUCAGAUGCCGCCGGAGGUCAAGAAGCUACUGGAAACGGUGCCGGCUGCCCUGACCACAGUGGUGCCCACUCCCACACCCACUCCCACUCCCGUUCCCACACCCACUCCCAUUUCCACUCCUCCGAAACCGGAAGUUCUGAUCGGCUACACGGCCAACUACACGCCUUUUUCCACCCAGGAUCAUUCCGCCGAGGUGAGCGCUCUGGAGGAUCGCCUAUUCCGCUACGAGAUAUCCCUGUCCAUGGUCUACAACCCGGCGGAACCGCCGAAGCCACCGUCUCCCUAUCCACUGCGCAUUGUGCCCGUGCAGUACAACAUCUACACGCCGGAUCUCAGCAAUGUGGUGAUGUUUGUGCCGCUCAAGCGGAAGCUAACGGUGGCCAUUCUCUCGACGAUCCUGCAUCCGCAUGUUCCUGCCGUGGCCCUGGCCACCAUGAACGACGAGCAGUGUCCGCAAUUCGAGCUGCCCGGCGACAUUUUUCCCCGGCUCGAGGGCGUCAAGCGUCCCAUCUUUCUGCCCAAGCGUUUCCUGCCCAAGGGAUUCGAGGCCUGCUGCGUCUUCAAGCCGGGCUCCCUGCCGGAGCCUCUGUUCCUGACCAGCAUCGGCAAGGACGGCACUCCGCAGCCGCAGCACAGCAAUGCCAUAACGCCGCCACUGUUUGUGGGCAAGUUCUUGGAGCAGGAGGAGGAGGAUCCUCUGAUGGAGACACCCUCGACCUCGGGAUCCGUCCCUUCCGUGGAGUUCAAAACCCCGAAGAGCACUCGCCGCCCGUCGGCCAAGCUGCCCAAGGGCUUCCUGGUCCUGGAGACCGAGGAUCCGGAGACCCCGCCGGGCGCCACCGAUUUGCUGGACUACGAGGAUGCCUACAAUGAGGGUGGCUUUGUGCGGGUGAUGCGUCACGAGGCCAGGGAGUCCAGGGAGUCCAGGGAGUCCAGGGAGUCCGAGGAGGAGUCCCCGGAUCCCAACCUAGCAGCCGAUUUGGCCACCUUAAAUCAGCUGUAUUUAAGAGUUUUUGGUGAUGAACCAAACCAAAACCCUAAGAAAAAGAAUAAGGAUAAGAAACCCACCGAGAACCCCUACGAAUUGGAGGACGCAAUAUUGGCGGAAUUGCGAUUGGAGACGACAUUGCUGAAGGAGAAAUACGAAGCGGAAUUGGCGGCGAUGCCGAAACCGGAACCGGAAACGGAAGCGGAAGUAGAAGAGGCAGCCGGAAACGAAGCGAGCACAUCGGAGGACGGCAAAAAGAAGUAUCUCAAGCACUUCAAGAUCGAUAGCGACAUCGAUCUAAUAGCCGAUGCGGUGGCCGACUUGGGCAAGUCCGAAAUGGAGAUUAUGUUCGAGGACACGCUGCCCGGGGUGAAUAUCGAUCGGGCUUUGGAUCAACUGCAGCACGUGCUCGAGGAUCGCAACAUGAUCCGCAUGGCCACCCACCUGGAAUUCGAGCAGCACAUCGACAGGAUGGACAAGAUGCUCAACUUGGCCCUGCGCCAAACCAAGCAGCCCUGCUCCGAAUGCGGCAAAAUGCACUGAAAUCCACUGAAAUCCGAUUCGAAUUAUAAUAUUAUAUGAUUUUAA